ACAUAAAAAAUACCUUCCCAGCGCAGCCACACGGGUUCAGCCCCGCGAGAUUUAGGAGCAGGAGGCUGCUUAGUAAAACUUGCCUUUUUUUUUACUUCUCCUCUGAUCCAAUUCAUCAAACGGGUACAAAUAUCUCUUACAAUUGGGAGCAACAAUUUUUGCCACAGUUGAUGUAGUAUCCUUCAGCACCUGCUACUCCCCAGGAUUCAACCGUGAUUGUACUUCAUUGGUUUUGGGGAAAAAGUGGUUUUGGAGUGUAGGAGAUAAAGGAGAAUCUUUGUUUCAAAAUGGUUGCUUCAGCGAAAGUUCUCACCCUUGAUAAUCAUACUCAAAAUGGAGAGUGGACUAUUGUUUUACCUCGUAGGGGUAGACAUAGAAGGAAUUGCCAAAAAAUAACAACAGCGAAAGGACAACAACAAGAACAACAGCCAUGGGUUCCAACUGAUGUUGAAAUUGAUCCUGUGAGGCAAUCAAAGCUUCUGAAUAAGAUACAAAUCUGUAUGAAGAGAGUUGAAAACUCUCGUUUUUUUCUGACAUUCUUGGAUCAAAUGCAAUGUCCAGAAGUCUUGAAUCACUUUCAUAGGAUUUUGGGAUCUGAAUUGAAACUGCAGAUGGUGAUAUACGGUAUUGGCAGCAUUGAGUCUCAUGAAACUCCUCGACUUCAGCUUAGCCUUGCAAUUUUAAUGAAAAGAAAUUUCAGUUGGAUUGGAGAUAUUGAGGUGUUUGAUCCAGUUCUAUCUGCUAAUGAAUCUCGUGUUUUAGAAGCCCUUGGAUGUUCUGUUUUGUCUCUAAAUGAACAAGGUAGGCGGCAAGCUAUGAAGCCAACACUUUUCUUCAUGCCACAUUGUGAGGCAGAGUUAUACAACAAUCUUUUACAGUCAAAUUGGGGCAUUGAGUCAUUGAAUCGGGUAGCAUUGUUUGGGAAUAGCUUUGAGACAUAUGAGCAGCAUGUGUCAUUUAAGUACAAUGAGCCGGAAGUGUCAUUUAUGGACUCAUCUGUCGUUGAGUCAGUCACACACAUCUUAGCUGCUCGAAGAUUCACUGAUGAAUUCAGAACCAAUACAGUUUCAGAUGAUUAUUUUGCAGCUUUUCAUGAUUCUAGUUGGCAUUUUUUCAGGCCUGCUUGUGAGAAUGAGCUGCAGUUGAAUUGAUUUGUGAUUGUUAUUUUGAAAUUGACUGGAACAUGUUAUUUUUGUUCAAAAUUAUUCGGGUGUGAGUAUCCAAAAUUCUAGAAAUUACUUCACUUCAAUGCUAUAAUAUCUAUUAUGGUUGCUGUU